AUGAAUAUAAAUAAGCUAAAAUCAAUAUUUACCCUAGGCGGAUCUACCAAUACUAGCAUGCAGUCUACAAUCGGCUCAGCUAGAAGAAAAGUAUCUACACUGCUGCUUUAUAGCACUAAUAAUUUGCCAAUGGGCACAAACGCACACAGAUAUAUAACACUUGGCGCGAAUAAACCUGAAAUAAAGAAGGCAGUGGACAAUAUAAAAAAAGAGAAAGACCAAAAAGAAGCAAAAAGCCAUUUUUACAUGUACUCUCCAAAGUUCUUACAUGGAAAGCUUCCUCGCAUUAUAGCUAGAAAUGCAAAAAUCGAUAUUUCUAGUACUGUAGAACCAGUACAUAUAGACUUGCUCAACAGUAUAACUGAGCAUGUUCUAGAAGGAAUAAUACGGAUGAAUAUGGUGACAGCUAAUGGAAUUUUAACAUCUGAGUGCCCUAUUACUGCAGACUAUCGAAACUUCUUUGCAAAUAACGAUAACACACAGAUAACUAUUAAUAAAGUUGUUGAGAAUGGGUUCCUGCCAAUUGUUAGUAAAAGAGUCAAUGCAUGGUACGCCCAUCUUCUCUCUCUGCCAGACUUUGAUGUUAUUGAAUACCUAACCCACGUUAGGCAGCUUUUUAUUGAACAUGCUUUUAUAAACCACUUUAACAAGCCCAUUGAACUUAUUAACCUAGAAAAGUUUGUAUCUAUGUUAGAUGAAGAGCGUGUAGACAUCCAUGGCCAUUCCAUAAAUCUGUUUGAAAGGAACCAGAACGGUGUUUAUAACAUAGAUCGUGCAUUGGAACUGCUUGAGUCUAACAAACACAAUUUAGAGAUUCCUUUCUGCCCAGAAAACUCUCAAUUCUAUGACACCCUGUGUGAGCAGGACAGAAACCUACUUCUUGAGCUUAGCAAAAACUGGAUUUUUGUAAAAGAAAUUCUUUCAGCUUUGCACAAAAUAAUUGACCCAAAGAAUGAAUAUGUAGACAUUAACUAUCUGAUUGGCAUCCAUUCCCAAACCGAAGUGCAAAGAAUAUCUAUGAAAAGCCCAGCAGAUUGCCAUGUUGGAAACUUGGUUGAUCGAAAGGUUUUAAAAAAGUAUAUAUCCGGUAGAAGUUACCCUAUACUCAUUUCUGAAUAUAUUUCAGACAGAGUGAACCAAUUUAGAAUUUCAGUAGAAAACACUAAGCCCACACAGUAUAAAAACUUUGUUUAUAAAGCAAAGAACUCUAUUCGUUCUGGUUUCUUAUUUGCUGCUACACUAAUAGCUGGCAGCGGUGGAAUCCUAUACUAUAACAGAGGAGUAUUAUAGUUUAUUGGAAAC